AUGCGAAGACGUCAUUCUUUUACAUUAGUGGAGUUCCCUUCGUUAGAAACACAAAAAUGCAUGUACAUGAAUCAUCAUAUCGUCACCAAUCACAAUCAAAUUGAUCAUAAUGAGAACGUCUCUUUAAAAGCACAGACGACUUCUGAUUCUAGCCAAGAACACUCACCGUUACAUUCAAGAAUGCCAAAUAUAAAAGUUUUUGGAGGCUCAUCUCAUCCUGAAUUAACAAAAUUAAUCUGCGCUCGACUGGGACUAGAGCCAGGACGUGUUGUAACAAAAAAAUUCAGUAACCGAGAAACAAGUGUGGAAAUCAACGAAUCAGUGCGCGGGGAAGAUGUUUUCAUUGUUCAAAGUGGUUGCGGAGAAAUCAAUGACAAUCUUAUGGAAUUAUUAAUCAUGAUCAAUGCAUGUAAAAUUGCAUCGGCCUCGAGAGUCACUGCUGUCAUUCCGUGUUUUCCUUAUGCUCGACAAGAUCGCAAGGAUAAAAGCCGUGCACCGAUAUCAGCGAAACUCGUUGCAAAUAUGCUGAGUGUAGCCGGUGCUGAUCAUAUUAUAACCAUGGAUUUACAUGCUUCACAAAUUCAAGGAUUUUUUGAUAUUCCUGUGGACAAUCUUUUUGCUGAGCCGGCUGUUAUCCGGUGGAUAUCUUUACACAUUCCGGAUUUUAAAAAUGCUGUUAUCGUUAGUCCCGAUGCUGGAGGUGCUAAACGUGUAACAUCUAUUGCCGAUCGAUUGAAUAUUGAUUUCGCUCUUAUUCACAAAGAACGCAAACGUGCCAACGAAAUCGAUUCCAUGGUACUUGUUGGUGACGUGUCUAAACGUAUCGCUAUUCUGGUAGAUGAUAUGGCUGAUACAUGUGGUACAUUUGAAUGUGCAUCACAAAAAUUGCUGAGUGCAGGUGCGAGUAAAGUAUAUGCUAUUUGUACUCAUGGCAUAUUCAGUGGACCGGCAGUGUCACGAAUCAAUAAUUCACCAUUCGAAGCCGUUGUUGUUACUAAUACAAUUCCUCAAGAAGAAAAUAUGAAAAAUUCCAAUAAAAUUCAGGUGAUCGAUGUUUCCAUGAUGUUCUCCGAAGCCAUUCGUCGUACGCAUAAUGGUGAAUCCGUCUCCUAUCUGUUUACUCAAAUGCCACUUUAA